GCCUCGUCCCAACGAUACUUUUGCCAGCAUCGAGGACCGCUGCACAACCGAUGUAUAACUGGUCACGGAACAUCGACAACAAUACUGUCAGGAUAAGGCCUCAAGCGCGACGAGAAACCCUUUUGACGGCCCUUGGUCGCGAUGGCUGAGGACGACUUCACUGCAGUCCUAUGGGGCGCAGCACAUGCUGCUCGUGUAGGCAUCAUUUGCAAUGGCUUCGCUUCCCGGCUGGUCAACGGUCACGGAGCCAGCGCCGACAGCAUUAUCGUGCAGUGCAAAUGCAAAGGAUGUGCAAGCCGCUCGCCGUCGCGAGCCCCGGAAGGCAAUUUGUUCACUCUGGACAACUGGGCAGCUCACUGCGGUGCCAAUACUGAGCCCCUGAGGCUGAGUGUGUUCUCUGUGGUGCAGCCCGGCGCGCCGAAGGAGAGGGUUCCGCUCCUGGACUGGCUGCACAUGGCAAACGAGGCGAUGGGCGGGGAGUCUCUGCACAGGCGCCAGCUCUGUGUGCUGUUCCCUGGGCCCGAUGAGGAGGAGGGCACGCCUUACCACUGGCGAGCCGGCACCAUCCGCCACAUCGACCCGGCCACUGGCGCUGCAGAGGUCAAGUACCACGACGACCGGCGCAAGCGCUCCAAGGCGCACCUGUACCUGCCACUGGCGGUGAUGCACUGGGCACGUUGCCCGCCGCCGCCCGAGACGCCGCCGCGCACCGUGGCGGAGGGCUGCCAGCCGCUGCCGCCCCUGCUGCUGCCCGGAUUGCAGCUGCCGCCGCGCCCGUCGCCGCAGCCGGCACCCGCGGAAGAGGCCCAAGCCCGGCAGCAGCCCAGCCAGCAGCAGCAGCAGCAGGCCGCCAAGACGGCGGUGAUGACGGCGGCGCCGAUGCCCAUGGCAGCCACGGCGGCGCACACCGUCAAGAUGGAGGUUGCACCAUCGGCGCCGACCGCCGCCAACCUGUCGGCGGCGGCGGCGAUGCGCCCCAAGCCCAAGCUCGAGCCUGACACCUCCUGCCGGCCCAUUACUGCCCCGCCGGCGGCCAGGCCCGCCGCGGCGCUGCCUCACUCGGUGUCUCUGUCGCUGCUGGCCGCCGCGGCCGCGGCUGACGCGGCCGCCGCCGCCGCCGCCGCCGCCGCCGCCGCCGCCGCCGCGCCGACCAAGCCCGGCCCCAUGCGGCGCUACGUCAAGCGGCCCCACGGCGUGGACGACGCCCAGCCGUCCAGCCUGAUGACGGUGCCGCAACACAAGGAGAAGAAGCUCCAUGACGGCGCGGCGCCGGGGGAAGGCCGGCCGUGGGCAGCGGUGGACGCCUACUGCCCAUCCACGGCGGCGGCGGCGUCAACAGCAGCAGUGACAGCGACGGCGAUGGCGGCGCCGGCCGCCAUGGGCGCAUUGGCAGCUUCAGCGUGCGAGGGGGGUGCCUUCAGCCGCCACAGCGCCGCUGACGGCGCCACCGCCGCCGCCGGCACGAGCUGCGGCCGCGGCCGCGGCGGUGGACUGCGUCCCAGCUGGCCCUCUGUGGACUUCAACAACAACGCCCACUGCCACCUCGGCUCGGUUGCCACCAGCGCCGCCGCGGCCGUUCAGAUCCUGCCAUCCUACAUGCCGCCUGCCCCUCAGCAGCUGCAGCCGCCGCCCAAGCAGGAGUACGCGCCUGACCAGCAUUUCCAGCUUUACAUCGGCGGCGCCGCAGCGGCAGCGGCGGCGGCGGUUGCGGCGCCCUCGCUCUCCACCUUCAGCAGCAGCAGUGCCGACCUCGAGUCCCUACUAAACGCGGGCGAUGACGCCUUUGACAGUACCGCCGACGGCAGCCCCGCCGCCGCAGUCGACGAGUUCACCGCGCUGACAGCAGCCGCCGCCGCUGGCGCUGUGGGCGGCGCCGAUGCCUGCUACCCUGCCUACCACAACGCCCGCAGCAGCAGCGGUGCCGAGAGCGACGACGGCAGGCGCGGCGGAGCGGGCCUGGUCUACGGUGGCGGCGGCAGCGGCGUGUUUACCGUGCAGCAGCAGCAGCCGUCACAGGAUUGCCGCACGCGCUCUCCCAGUCUGGUGCCCAGUAUGGCCGCCGCCGCAACCGAGCCGCACCUGCAGCAGCAGGCUCUCCCGCCGGAACCCGCUGCCUUCAUGCCCAUCGCACAUCAGCCCGCCGCUGCUGCCUGCAUCAGCGGCGGCGGCGUGGGCUGCAGCUUUGCGCCCAUGGAGUGGCAGCCGGCACGGACCAGCUUUAGCAGCAGCGGCGGCAUCGCGCCUUCCUACGAGAGCGUCCCGCGGGCGUCCGCCGCCGUCGCCGCCGCCUCUGCAGCCACCGCCACCGUGGCUGCGGCCGCGGCUGAGUCGCUUGCGGCGGUGGCCGGUAACUACACCACGCGUGUCUGCUGGGAGCAAUACUACUCCCUGAUGAGCUCCUCGCCCCAGGCUGCGCCCGCACCCGCACCUGCGCCCAUGGCCGUGGCUGCAAGUAGCAGCUGCGGCCUACCGCAGCAGCAGCAGCUCUCGCCUCGCGCCGCCGUAGACAACAGCAGCGGCUGCGCCUUCUGGCAGCCGCCGGCGCCGCCGGUUACCACCAUGCCGCAUCACCCUGUGCUCGCGAGCAGUGGCAGUGGCAUCUUCUACAACGCCAGCUGCGGCGGCGCUUCUGCGGCGCUUGCGACUGCGCCGCCGCUGCCGCUGCCUCAGGCGGCGGCGGACGAGGACGUGGCGGACGAGAACCUCAAGAUCCUUUUCUCAGAGAUUGAGGAACUGCAAUGGCCUCUGCCACAGCCCAUCGGCGCUUGAGAAGAAGCAUGGCACGCAAAAGCUCAAGGCAAGCCAUGGCAAGUCAAGUCACGACACUAGUAUUCAUAAGUCGGGGCUGUCCCGGUGAUGGGGGCACAGUGAGAUGUUUUUGUUGCCCAAGGCACCUCGGAGGAUCCGUGGAUUUACGAUUUAUGCAGCCGGCGGCCCCUGAGUCGUGUCGUGCUAUAGCAUUCAAUACUCCGUUUCAGGGCUUGCUGGCGGUGCAUACCGAAUCAUUCCAGCCUAGAUUAUUGCCAUUACAUAACGCUGCGGUCCAGCAGUGCAAGGGACAUGCGUGCUUGGUCGCAACAGGGCUUUGCAAGGCCGGGAGUUUUGGAGUCGGGAACCAGGGGCGUUUCGUCUGGAUGACAACGUUGCGCAUGUCGUGCAUGUGCAUGUUGAGUUGUGUGCGAGCAGGAUCAGUUGGUGCGCCAAGUUGUUCUGGCGUUCUGGGAGCAGGCAUUGAGUCGCGUCUAGACGUGAAACUGAACCUAGCCAUAUCUAAACAAGAGCCCCCCUGGAAGAGGGCUGGCCUAUGCAUGCAGUGCUGCAGCAUACUGCAUACGAUGGGCGAACUGGUAUUGGGUUGCAUGGCUUGGGAAAGAGUGUGUGGGUUUCUGGCGCAGGGGUGUCACUUGGGUUUGACGGGGGGCGGUGGCAACGAAGGGGGGCAACCGAGCGAGGCCCGGCUUGGACGCCUCAGGGCUGGCCACCCAAGCAACAGAUGCCGUGUGUUCGUGAUGCUUCAAAUGUAUUGCUGCGGACUGGUGGUGGUGCCUCGGGCGCCUCUUGGCACCUGCCAAUGGCGGCGACCGAGGUGGUUACCCGUUUGCUGCCUUACUUGCGUGGCGCAAGCCAAUCGGGAGUUGCACAUGGUGCUUUCGAACGAACUUGGCUAGUGUAAUGGGACCUGGGGAUUACCAGUGAAGGCGGUUAAUAGUUGCAACGGGUGGGUUGUCAAUCUUGUCAUGGUGUGACGUCGAGCUGCCUGGGAGUCGGCGUCGCACAUGUGGGGCGCGUUAGUUUUCCCGCAGCACGAAGUAAUGCGGCGCAGGAACGAAUGCAGCUUGUGCCGAGGAUAGCCGUCUCGACAGUAGGAGAGCUACAGGCAUGUGUGCGUGUGUGGUAAUUGGUGUGUCCUAGGAUUCCAGGACCGCCAGCACUGCCGUUUCGGGCCUUGUUACUUUGUUGUUUGGCAAUUUCUUCAUGAGACUGGUGAAGCGCCUAAAAUUUCCUCACGACCUGUUACACAGACGAGGGGGUUAAGUAGCUGGGGUUGGAGGCAGGAGGGGGCCUCUACGAUGAAUGUCGUGUGUUGUGAAAGCUCCUGUGUCGAGUGGACAGCACGGUUGGCGCUUCGCGUUGCUGUUUGUGCUGUAGAGGUGCGCAAGCCUUUAAAUUCAUGCGUGUGUGCACGUGCUGAUGUCACGUGCGUGCGUAUGUGCAGAGUCGUAUCACUGUUGCUGACUUUUAGCGCCGCUUGCACGGGGUGGCGGAGCCUUAAGGCUGCACAUGUCAUUGUGUGCGUCUGCACUGCCAGAAGUGACCUCAUCAUUAUUCAUGGAAGAGCAGCACAGGGGAUGCCAGACUUCCUCUGAUUACCGCCGUAAGUUGUAGGCUGGAGCUGUUGUUACAAGGCAUUAGGGCACCUGUUCCGUUGAGCGCGCACAUGCGCAUUCCGGCCGUGUGAGAUCUUGUGUUCCUAUGCUGUACCGUAACAUUUACAAGAAACACACGCAUUUUAAUGCACGCCUGACAUAGCGGCUUGUGCAGCAACGGUUGGGCCCAACUGCCCGGCUGUCAUUGAGUGUCAACGGCUGCUAGGUUGUUUGGAUGCGCUGGCAGUAUCGCAAGGCGUGUCAAGGAUUUGACAAAGAGACUACUCAUGGCCUGCUAGGGGCGCUGCGUUGAGCACCGUACGGACCUGGGGAAGACGACAAGGUUGCUGACUGGGAAGGACGGCACGGGAGGACGGGUGCCUUGGUGGGAACCCGACGCGACCGCGUUCGCACGCAUUAUUAGCUUGUUGUUGGUCAUUAGCGCUGCGCCCCGGACUGCCGCCCGCAUUGGGUGCCAGCUGCGUGGCCGGGCGUGCAUUCACCCGGUCACGCGCCUGAUUUAUUGUUCCGGUCGGCGCCUUAAGUAUGAGCGCUAUUCGUGUUCGCUGACUGAAGAGUUGCGAGCUUCGCAGCCGCGCACACAACUUGAUGGGGGGGGGGUCGUUCCCCGAGCACGCUCCUGUGAGGCGUCUGGUUUGCCUGAGCGCCUUGAUGAUGUGUGUUAGCGUGCUUGUGUGUGUUAGCGUGCCCGGUGCACUUAUCUGUGUUGUGGAGGCUGCUGUGAGGGGCUCGCAUAUGUUGUAGCAAUCUUUGCGGCCCAGCAGCCUCUGAGGCUGAGGUCAUGUAUGACCCCGACGCAGGCGUGCAGUUGUGGGCGUGGGCACAACGGCGGUGUGCGCGUGAUCCGUCAAGCGCCCCGUAUGCAUGGGAACCUGGCCUAGUGACAACACAGUACAUAGCAAAUACUGCCGAGUCGGGGGAGGUUGAGCUUACGGUGUUUGGCUGGGCGCGCGCUGGGCCGCCUGCCGUGGGCGUAGUCAAUGCCGUGCAGCAUUGUGCGGUGUGCAUCAUGCUGACUGCAUACCUGGCCAGCCUGGCACACCCCGGGCCGCCCAGUGAGCUGCGCAACGCUGUCCAGAGCCCAGCGGGGCUUCUGAACUGAAUGCAUCGCGUGAUUGAAGCGGCAUCAAAUGAUGGCCGCGUGCGCAGCCGGGAGCCACCCGGUGCGGAGGUGUGCAAGUGCGGUGUUCAUGAUAGAUGGACUAGCUGACGUCGCAUGUGCAUUGUAACAAUUAUUAGCA